AUGGAGCCUUAUUUAAAGAGAAAAGAGCGAGUAGAAAUUGAUAUUAAUAAUCUAGCAUCAGAUCCAGGACUCCGACUUCCUAUUUGGAGUUAUGAUGUUAAUGAUAGAGAUAAGAUUCGGAGAUCUUAUCUCUUGAAGGGACCUCAUCAACCGAGAAGUUAUCAAUUUCCUCAAACUUUAUAUGGAAAUAUUGCACGUAGGUUCAAUUCGAAAUGGUUUGAUGAAUACUCUGAUUGGUUAGAGUACAGUGUGCAAAAAGAUGCUAUUUUUUGUCUUUACUGUUAUCUAUUUAAACCUCAAGAGCAAAUCAUUAAAGGUCAAGGUGGUGGGGAUUCAUUUAUUGGAGAAGGUUUUAGAAACUGGAAGAAGAAAGAGAAAUUAUUAUGUCACAUUGGAGAUCACAAUAGCAUACAUAAUAAGGCUAGACAAAAAUGUGAAGAUUUGAUGAAAAAACAAGAACACAGUCUUCCUGCUUUAUGGUUAAGCAAAGAUGAUAAGAACAAAAAGGAAUAUAGGAUCAUGUUGACUGCAGCCAUUGAUUGUGUUAGAUUUUUGUUACGUCAGGGGUUGUCAUUUCAUGGUCAUGAUGAGUCUUCCAAUUCAGAUAAUCGAGGAAAUUAUUUAGAGCUAUUUGACUUUCUAACUGAUCAUAAUGAAGAAAUUAAGACAGUGACAUCUGCAUAUGCUAGCUCAAAUCUGAAGUUAACUUCACCAAAAGUCCAGAAAGAAAUAUGUAUUGCUGCAUCAGCUGAAACUUUAAGAUAUAUCAUGAAAGAUAUUGGUAACUCAUACUUUUCAAUUAUAGUUGAUGAAUCCCGUGAUGUUUCUACAAAGGAACAACUUGCUAUUGCUGUGAGAUAUGUAGAUAAGUUGGGCCAAGUGAUUGAAAGAUUUAUAGGUAUCAAACAUGUCACAUCCACUAAUGCAAUUACACUAAAGGCAGCCAUUGAAGACAUUCUAGCUAAACACUCUUUGAGCAUACAAAUGAUACGUGGUCAAGGUUAUGAUGGGGCAUCCAAUAUGCGAGGGGAAUUUCAUGGUUUUAAGGCCCUUAUUCUAAAUGAUAAUCCUCAAGCAUUUUAUGUUCACUGUUUCGCUCAUCAACUCCAAUUAUGUUUGGUAGUAGUGGCAAAGAAUAACUGGCAAGUAAAGCAUCUCUUUGAGUUCACUUCUAGAAUUAUUAAUACUGUUGGAGCUUCCUGUAAGAGAUCAGAUACUCUUAAAAGUAUUCAGCAUGAUAAAGUCCUUCUUCAUCUUAAAAAUGGCAAUCUCAUGAGUGGAAAAGGUUUGAAUCAAGAGACUAAUUUACAGAAAUCUAGUGAUACUAGGUGGAGUUCACAUUUAUAUUCUUUGAUUAGUAUCAUGCGUAUGUAUGCUUCUGUGAUUGAAGUCCUAGAGAUUGUUAAGGAAGAAGGGGUUCAUGAUCAGCAAUCGGUUGAAGCGAGUGUUCUGAUUGAUACAAUGGAGUCUUUUGAUUUUAUUUUUACAAUGCAUUUGAUGAUUGAUAUAUUGGGUAUUACGAAUGAGUUAUCGCAAUCAUUACAAAGAAAAGAUCAAGACAUUGAAAAUGCGAUGAAGUUGGUUUAA